AUGUUGGACGACGAGGGCACCCUGCGAGUCAGCGGGCGUCUGAAACACGCAAUUUUGGAUGCCGAUCAACGUCAUCCUGCCAUCCUACCGCCGCAGUCUCACCUGACGCACCUGGUGGUUGACGCCGCCCACAGGCGAACACUUCACGGCAAAGUCCAGGCCACCUUGGCUCAUAUCAGGCAGCGUUUUUGGAUUCCGCGAGGACGUCAAGUGGUUCGCAGCCACAUUCACAGUUGCCCCCCGUGCAUCCGAUGGCGGGCGGCCACUCCACGGCCGAAGAUGGGCGACCUGCCAAGAGCGCGCGUCACUCCGAGCCGCCUAUUCCAGCACACCGGCGUGGACCUCGCCGGCCCGGUGUGGCUUCGAACGACGAGAGGCCGAGGACACAAGGCCUACAAGGGUUUUUUGGUGGUAUUCGUUUGUUUUAGCUCCCGAGCCGUACAUCUUGAAGCUGUCAGCGACUACACCGCCGAGGCCUUCCUAGCGGCCUUUCGUCGGUUCGUGUCCCGACGAGGGUUGUGCACAGUCGUGUAUAGCGACUGCGGCACUAACUUUGUGGGCGCGGACCGACAGCUUAAGGCCCUCUUCAAGGCUGCUGGCCGUGAGAUCCAGACUAUUGUUGGGCACCUGGCAGACCGAGGAGUGCGGUGGAGCUUCAAUCCACCGGCAGCUCCACAUUUUGGCGGCCUGUGGGAAGCGGCGGUCAAGGCGGUUAAACACCACCUGAGACGCACCAUCGGCGAGGCCAGACUGACCUUUGAGGAACUGUCGACGUUCCUCACAGAGGUUGAGGCCUGCCUCAAUUCUAGGCCGCUCGAAGCCUUGACGGAUGACCCUGACGACCUCCGUGCCCUGAUGCCUGGGCAUUUCCUGGUGGGAAGCCCUCUUCUCGCCAUCCCGGAGCCGUCACUCCUGGACUCAUCAGCCAACCGGCUGAAUCGGUGGCGUCUCCUGCAGCAGAUGCGGGAUCACCUGUGGCAGCGGUGGACCCGCGAGUAUCUACAGCACCUCAGCCCGCGGCCCAAAUGGUGGGCCACUCGUGGAGCUAUUCUCGAGGGCCAGUUGUGUCUGGUCAAGGGCGAGAAUACCCCGCCGUGCCGGUGGCCGCUUGCUCGGGUCACGCGCGUGCACCCCGGCAUGGACGGGGAGAUACGUGUGGUGGACGUCCGCACGUCCGUUGGCGAGUUGACCCGGCCAGUGGUUAAAAUCGUACCACUGCCGACGGCUGCCGCCAAGGACCCAGGGCCACCCGCGUAA